CCGUUCACCAUGUCUCUCGUCGUUCCGGAAGCCCACCAGCAAUUCCAGCACAUUCUCCGUCUCCUCAACACCAAUGUUGACGGUAAACGCAAAAUCAUGUAUGCAUUGACCGAGAUCAAGGGUGUUGGUCGCCGAUACGCCAACUUGGUCUGCAAAAAGGCCGACGUCGACCUCAACAAGCGUGCUGGUGAACUCAACUCUGACGAACUGGAGCGCAUCGUUACCAUCAUCCAAAACCCCACCCAAUUCAAGAUCCCUACAUGGUUCCUGAACAGACAAAAGGACAUUGUCGACGGCAAGAACUACCAGAUUCUCUCCAACGGUGUCGACUCGAAGCUCCGUGAUGAUCUCGAGCGAUUGAAGAAAAUUCGUGCCCACCGUGGUCUCCGACACUUCUGGGGCCUCCGUGUCCGUGGUCAGCACACCAAGACGACCGGUCGUCGCGGAAAGACCGUUGGUGUGUCGAAGAAGCGUGGUUAGAUGUACUAUUUUGCCUGUCUCUAUUCAUUCCAAUACACACUGCAUGCAGCGCAUUUUCUUUUUCGA